ACAGCUCCUCCCUCCUGUGUGGUGGCUUUCCCGACCAAAGAUCCUUGGACGUGAACAGUUUCGCUGAAGAGCACUUUUCUCCCCUCCCCAAACAACCAGACGGACAAUCGAGGCGUCAGUUAUUCUAUAUCGACCUGAGAGAGAGGAGUUAAGGUGUCGGAUAAGGUCUCCAACGGUCCUUCACCUCCCCAAAUCUCUGUCAGCGAUGGAGACUUGGGCUGGCUUCUGCCCAGGCUUGCACUUAUCUCUGGGUAUCUGGGUGAUGAUAGCCGCUCAUACCCUACAAAAUGCCAAGGCGGAGAUAACUUGCGCAUCUUGCACGUCGCCGGUUCAACUUCACCUGGAGGAAUUACAGCUGGGGAUGCGCACUGACCCGACACAGGAGCCGGACACCCUAAAAAACAUCCGAGUAGAGUUUAGGGAACUCGGGGUUACCGACCAAAACACUGGAGUGGACGACGGGCAUGAGGCAGGCGUUUCUGUCGAGGAUGUCCCCCAGUUCCCUCAAGAUGUCAAUUUGGAUGGAGUUAGCGCAAAGGAAGAUGCGCCAGGGUCCAGUGAAGAAAGUCACCGCGGCAGCGAUAAGGCGGGGGAGCCCGGGCAGGGUGAGGAUGCUGCGCUCCGGAGAGCGAAGAGAAGCGGUCCUGAGUUUGCCGACUUGAGCGAGACCGGGCGGACCGGCUUGGAUGCGGGCGCUCCGGGGGAUCGGGGCUCAUUGUUUGACGGACACAAGCUGGGCAGGUCUGAGUUCAGAUGGAACAGGGAUGAAGGGAGAGGGAAUAACCGGCAGGAUGAGCCCAAGCUCACCAGCAGCACUUUCUCCCUGACGGGGGACUCUGCGCAUAACCACGCGGUGGUCUACUGGUCAGGUCAAAACAGCAGCGUGAUCCUGAUUCUAACCAAGCUGUACGACUUUCAUAUUGGCAGUGUCACUGAGAGCACUCUUUGGAGAUCUACUGACUACGGCUCCACGUACGAGAGGAUGAAUGACAAAGUGGGAUCCAAGACCGUCCUGAGUUACCUGUACGUCUGCCCGACUAACAAGAGAAAGAUUAUGGUGUUGACAGAUCCGGAGUUUGAAAGCAGCGUGCUCAUCAGCUCUGAUGAGGGGGCCAGUUUCCAGAAGUACCGCCUCACUUUCUACGUCCUGAGCCUUUUAUUCCAUCCCACUGAAGAAGACUGGGCCUUAGCCUACAGUCACGACCAGAAGCUGUACAGCUCGGUGGACUUUGGAAGAAAAUGGCAGCUCAUCCACGAACACGUCACGCCGAACAGAUUCUACUGGUCUGUCUCCGGCCUCGACAAGGAGCCAGAUCUGGUCCACAUGGAGGCUCACACACCAGAUGGAAAUGUACAGUAUGUCACAUGCAGAGCUCAGAUGUGCACAGAGGUGAACAGGAACUACCCAUUCCCUGGGUACAUCGACAUCAGCUCACUGGUGGUUCAAGAUGACUACAUAUUCAUACAGGUUCCUACAUCAGGGCGAGCCACCUAUUAUGUGUCCUACAAGAGAGACUCGUUCAUACAGAUCAAGCUACCCAAAUAUUCCCUGCCAAAAGAUUUACACAUUGUCAGCACUGAUGAGAAGCAGGUAUUUGCCGCGGUGCAGGAGUGGAACCAGAAUGACACCUAUAACCUCUACUUGUCUGACACCAGAGGGAUCUACUUCACCUUGGCCAUGGAAAAUGUCAAGACUACUAGGGGCAUCGGAGGGAACCAGAUGCUGGACCUGUAUGAGGUGGCGGGAAUUAAAGGGAUGUUGAUUGCUAACAAGAGGCAAGACAAUCAGGUCAAGACGUACAUGACCUACAAUAAAGGCCGGGACUGGAGGCUGCUGCAGGCUCCGGCUACUGACCUGGAAGGAAACGACAUUCACUGCAUACUGCCUUUCUGCUCACUCCAUCUCCAGCUGCAAACGUCAGAGAACCCUUACUUGUCUGGAACUAUCUCCACCAAGAGCUCUGCACCAGGGAUCAUAGUCGCCACGGGAAAUAUUGGCGCAGAGCUGUCGUACAACAACGUUGGCAUGUACAUAUCAUCUGACGCUGGCAAUAGCUGGAGACAGAUUUUUGAAGAGGAGCAUAAUGUGUGGUUUCUGGAUAAAGGAGGGGCCCUGGUCGCUGUCAAACAGCCAUCUGUGCCAACCAGACACUUGUGGGUCAGCUUUGACGAGGGGAGGCAGUGGACCCAACACAGCUUCUCCUCAGUGCCCCUGUUCGUGGAUGGAGUCUUGGUGGAGGCCGGGGCUGAGAACCAAAUCAUGACCUUUUUUGGACACUUCAGCCACCGCUCUGAAUGGCAGCUCAUCAAGAUAGACUACAAAUCCAUCUUUAGCAGGAAGUGCACAGAGGAAGACUAUCAAACCUGGCACCUGCACAACCAGGGUGAGCCAUGCGUGAUGGGACAGAAACAGAUAUACAUGAAGCGCAGGCCUGGGAACUACUGCAUGCUGGGAAAGGACUAUUCGAGAAUCCUCUCAGCUGAGUCCUGUAUUUGUCGGGCUCAUGAUUUUGAAUGUGAUUAUGGAUAUGAGCGCCGCAGCGAUGGGAACUGCCGGCCUGCCUUCUGGUUCAACCCCUCCACUCUCUCCAGAAGCUGCAGCCAGGGUCAAAACUACCUCAACAGCACAGGGUACCGUAAAGUGGUGCUGAACAACUGCACUAAAGGAGUUAAAGAAAUGUACACGGCCAGAAAGCAGCAGUGCCCCAACAGACCUCCGAAAGGACUAUUGCUGACAACGAAAAACGGAAAACUCACCGCCAACCUGGGCAGCAACGUCACCUUCCUGGUGCAUCUAGAUGAGGGUGACUCUUUGCGCACCAACAUCCAGCUGGAUUUUGGCGAUGGGACGGCUGUUUCCUACUCCAACCUGAGCUGGACUGAGGAGGGGAUCAAACACCUCUACAAGUCUGCUGGAAUAUUCCGUGUCACAGCUCUGGCAGAGAACACGCUGGGUUACGACACCACAACACUCUUCCUGCAUGUCACAUGUCCAGUGGAGCAUGUCCAGCUUCUCGCUCCCUUCGUGGUCAUAAAGAACAAGGAGGUGAACAUCACAGCAGUGGUCUUACCCAGCCACUCACGUACUGUGACUUACUUCUGGUGGCUAGGCAACAAUACUGAGCCCGUGAUAACACUGGAUGGGAGUAUCUCACACACCUUCCCCACCGACGGCAUGCACACCAUCACAGUCCAAGUGGCUGCAUCCAACACCAUACUGCAAGAUACCAAGACCAUAGCAGUCAAAGAAUUCUUCAAAUCUCUACUUUUAUCUUUCUCCCCUAAUCUGGACGAGUUCAACCCCGACAUACCCGAGUGGAGACAGGAUGUGGGGAGAGUAAUUAAGAAGGCUCUGCUCCAAGUGUCUGACUUCCCGGAGGAGCAGCUCUUGGUCGCCGUGUUCCCAGGAGUUCCGACAGCUGCUGAGCUCUUCCUGUUACCUCACAAAAACCAGACAGAGGUCAAGAAAAAGAGUGAGGAGGAGCUAGAGCAGGUAUCUGAUAUAAUUGUAAGUGCGCUGAAUCAAAAUUUGGUGGAGUUCGAGCUCAAGCCGGGAGUAAGGGUGAUUGUGUACAACACACAGUUAACACUGGCACCCUUGGUGGACUCCAACCCCAGACACAGCAGCUCGGCUAUGCUGAUGCUGCUAUCAGUGGUGUUCCUGGGCCUAGCAGUGUUCCUCAUCUACAAAUUCAAGAGAAAAAUACCUUGGAUCAACAUAUAUGCUGAGGUGAACCAGGAGAAGGAGCAGGAGAUGAUUGGCUCAGUUGGCCCGGGCGACAGCACGCCUAAAAUCACUCUGAGUGAGUUCUCCACAUCCAAAGAACUCAUGGAGAAGGAACUGGAUGCCAGGGUCAAAAGGGGAGUUGGAAAUGCCUGCGAGAGCACAAGGGAGAUUCCAAACUGUACUAGUGUGUAAAGCCGGAGAGCAACAGUUUAUGUACAGAGCGAAGUAUUACAGUGUCGGGGGUUCUCUUUUUCUGUUUUGUAAUUCUCAACACAACUGAUGUUAAUAGUUUUCUAAGGGACCUCAUUUAUACAGACUUGCACGGACGCCUCGUUCAACAACAUCCAUGCAGCAAAUGUCAAUUUACUCAAUGAGAUCAUUGUAAUUACUGGCAAAACUUAUUCAGUUUUGUGGAUGUAUAAGCUACAUAAUGACAUUUGCAGAGUGAAAAAUCUUUCGUCAGAACCUAUGAAGAGUUAUGUAAAUUUCCUAAGGAGUUUGCUUUGAAAAUCAUUUCUGCCUAUAUAUAGACUAUAAUGUCUGAGUCUUCAAUCAAACAGGGAAUAUUAUUGAAAUGUACAAUAUUAUCAUCUGUUCUGUUAAAUGUAUAUAUUAUUACUUUCUACAUGCUCGUAGUCUUGAGUACCAUGGCGACGACGGAUCUGACAACGAUCUGUUUUUGAACGUGUGUUAAAAGUCAAACAUUACUUAAAGAACUCAACUUUGUUUUGCUAAGGUCCUUGACUUGUGCAUGUUCUUAUUGAGGACACGAUUUCUGUGUUGUAGAUAAGCAAGUGUUGUAAAUAGUUAUUUUCUAAUCAAUCAUCAAAAGAGCCCAACUGAUUUUGCCCAGACUUCUGUUUUGCUCUCUCAUUUUGUUCAGUUGCUGUCGGGCGAUAUGUAUCUAGUAGAAAGGGUCUAUCUGUUAAUGCAGGUAGAACUUUAAUGGCAUAUUAUAGAUUUAACUUCCCACCAUUUCCCUGGAAAUGGAAUGAAAAGGAUCAACAUGAUCAUGAUCAAUAUGUUUAUAUUUUCAUUAAACAUAUAGGCAUCAACAGAAUUCAGACAUUUUUACACAGAUGACAGUUUUUAAACUAUCUGAGCCAAACAUUAUUUGUCAUCUUUUCAUCACAUUUUUCUACCAAGACAAGGCUCUAAUAGCUCUGAUUUCGCAUCAGAACAAAAGCUGAAUCAGUCACUACGGGUAGUUUCAAACUGUAGCUACCAGAGAUCAAAUUCACAAAACUGACAUGCUGGGAAAACCAUGAUGAUAUUUGUUCCAGAAUACUAAAUGUGUAUAUCCUCUAAAAUACCAGUAGGCAAAGGGUUGGGUUCCGAUAGCAGGAUUCAGUUCUUGUUCUUCUUAAGGCCCAGAUACACCAAACAGACUUCAAAGAACUAGCAGUUUUAAAAGCUUACUGCUGCAUUGCCUCAAGUCUUCUCUGUCUUGGCCAAGAUGUUGUGCUUAAACACACAUAAAGGCUACGAUCAACAGCCAUCUAGCACGUACAUUCUGUGCCUACAUGAGAGGAAAUAACUCUUUAUACAGUACCAGGAGGCCGAGGUAGUCUGUAUUUGUCCCUCAAAAAGGGAAUCCAAAAGACCAACAGAACAGAUUCAAGACACUAGUUAGCCAGUUAGCGCAUCAACAACACAACCUGAUGUUGAAAGAACAAAGCAUAUUUACUGUGCACUUCCAAACAAUAACACAAAACAAUACUUUGCUCAAUUCCGUUUCUCUGCUUGUGCUCUGAGCUGAACUGCCAAUCAGAGUGACUUCAUUCACUGACAGGACUCUGCAAUUUCUGACACUGACUCAGCAUGCUGAAUCAUCAAAAAUAUAGCCAACAAGGGCCAAAGAUGGCCAAUGGUGCGGGACACACCCCAAAUGCUGGGGUGACAGGCGUUCACUAAUGGCCGACCAUUAACCACUGGCCGACUGUUGUCUUGGUGUGUCAGGCCCCUUACAUUUAAGGUCUUUUAGUCUGUCUGUUAAUCAAUUGGUCCAUUGAAAAUAUGGAAACAUAUUAACUACUGAAUAGAUUGCUAUGAAACUGUGAAUGGACAUUCAUGGUGCUUAGAGUAUGAACUGAAAUGACCCUUGUGAUUCUCUGACAUAUAAUGUUUUGCCACCAUGAGAUUUACAUAGUGGUUUUAAUUGGAAUGUGUCAGCAACUACUGGAUGGGUUGUAAUGAAAUGAUUCUGAUAUUUAUGUUCCCCUCAAGAUAUGCUCUAAACCUUGAUGAUCUCUUCACUUUUUACAUAGCACCAGUAUCAGGUCAGAACUUCUAUUCAUCCAACUCUUUGAUUUAUGACCAAACACCUGCAAAACUAAAAACAUUACAAUCAGUCUCAGCUGUAGGCUAAUUUGUGUUUAGUGCUAAUUAGCAAAUGUUAAGAUGAUAACAAGCUAAAGUGAGAUGGUAAACAUGUAAACACUGAGCAUGUUUGCAUAUUUUUCAUUGGCUAUUGGUUCAAAGCCCAGCUGUUGUAAGUACAGCCUCACAGAACUGCAGGAAUGGCUGUAGACUCUUAGGGCCCUUUCACACCUACCUCAUUUGGUCCAGACUUUCAGAAUUUUCAGUUUCAUCUAAACCAAAGUUAAAGGUGAGAAACCUCCCCUGGACUACAGUCAGGACUGAAUAGCCAAACCUUAGUCUGACGAAAAGAGGAGGUCUCAGUCUGGGUCAAAGGGAAUCAUGGUCAUUUAUAUCUGAAAGCCAUUUUUGGAUGGUUUGGACUUUCGGACCAAUUACAGGAAGUUCUUAGUAGCCUAGCUCCUUUAAGGCAUAGCUCAGUGUAAAGACAGAGAAAGAGAGAUGGAGAGUAAAUGUGCUCAGAGCAGAGAGGAAAAUUAGCAGUAAAUUUGUCUCAUGGUAGUGAAUUUACAGUGAGGUUUCAGUUGGUCCACAAAUAAAAUCUGUGGCUCCUACAGCAAAGCGUGUCUACAGUGUCAAGUAGGGAGUAGCAGGUUGCGUAGGUGAUGUCAGGGUGUAGGUAUGUGAUGUAUAGUUCUUGCGAUAGCAUCAUUGCAGUGUGAAACCACAACUAACCGGAUCAAAUGGGUUCUGACUUUCAGGUGUGAAAAGGUCCUUGGUCUUGUUUUAUCACCUUGCAAGAGUAAUGUUCAAAACAUUUGUGACAUUAGCACACUUGACGUCUUUAGCUGGCUCUAGCCGAUAUUUAUGUUUUAUUUUCUCAGAUAAAGACCUAUUUAUAUAAUAAUGGUUCUGUGGUGUUGGCAUUUCAAAACUGAUACUUGCAGUGCACCAUGGCAACCCAGUUGCCAGAAAAAAUGUUCCCAUUGAGUGUUUCUACAAAUCACAGAUAUGGUCAUUUGUACAUUAUUUUGUAGGUCAUGCAUUGAACAGUUCUCAGAAACGCUGUAGUGAAAGGUUCUGUUAAGGCACAAAAACCACUUGAUUAUGGUUAGGAAAAGGUCACAUUGUAGCUUAACACACCCACAUUUAGUGGCUGGGACACCACUGGGAAACGCUGCAAUGUGUUGAUUAAAGAUUACUGGUUAUGUUGUUUGUUGGUCUGGAACAGUGGUCUGCAGCUUGGCAGGCGUCUUGCCAAUGUGACAUGCCAUCCACUACCCAGUCCACCUCCCAAUGAUAAGUCAGCUUUUAUACUACGUCACUUUAGAAACAAUAAUAUGGCACGAAUGAAACGUGCAAAUGUAACAUAUUUGUUGUUUGCAGAAGUGUGCAAUGCGAACAUUUUCUUUUGGCUACUUCUUCUGGAGCAUCAAUUGACACACAUCACUUGAGGCGCAUCAGUAAUGGCUUUCAAUGUGUUUGGGCCUUGAUACUCCCAGUUAAACAUUCAUGCAUUCCUUAUCAAUAUUAAAGCUUGUUAACUUAAUAAUCAGAACUUGGGACCUCCAGUAAUUAGACCAAGUAGCUUGUAAAAAAGUAAAGUGUGCACAGUAACUAGGUUACAAGCAGUGCAUCAAAUACACUUAAUCAACAUUUCGUAUCUUCAGCUGCUCAUCUCAUUUCCAAGUUGCUACAACAUUAAUUAGACGUCCGCUAAAAUCGGCAGUGUUUCUGCCUUAAAGGGUGGUUACAGAUUUGAACUGAAUCUUUGAGUUUUAGUGAUUAAUUAAUCCAGGUUUCUCACACAUCUUUAAGGCUACACCUAAUGCUAUCAAAACCCAACUCUAAGAAGGACGACAGAAUCUAGGUAUUUCAGAGGAUGUAUCAUUGCCCAUGCUAUAUGGAACAGAGAAUAUCCAAAAUUCUUUAUGAUCAGAUGUAUUACUUUAUUAUCAUUUUGUUUAUGCAUGGAUAUAACAGUAACUUGGAAUGAACCCCUUCAGUGCAGUGUUUCUCAUUUGGUCCCUUGCUCAGGGUUUUGGGGUGUCUUCUCCAUGCAGCUUAGGGGAGUGUUUUAUAUUUGACGGCUUAAGUAGUCUCACAAGCCUUUCCUUCAUUUGAAGAAAAAAAAACAACAGAAUAUUGCCUCUAAAUAUUGAGAGUGGAGCAGUUUGUGUUCAUUUAAACAUCACACAGUGUACGAACAGAGCAGACACAGUGCAACCGGGCUGGGUUGAUGUAAUUAAUCCACUCUCCCUGGUGCCAUCAGGCUCAUUUUACAACCCAACACUUGACUCAUUGCUUUGCAUUUAGUUUGAAAUGAGGGAGUAGCGUCCUCCCAGCAUGCAACUCUCCACUAGCGCUGUGUUAUCUGGGCCUACAAAAGCGAACUGAGUGGCCUCGGGUUGACUCCCGUAGGCUUCCUGGUAUCCAACAUGACAAUAAUCAGAGAAAGCUGGACAGCUGAGCAGAGGACACCCCAUGCAGAGCUUUCCCACAAUGCUCAACUCAAAUAAACAGCACUUGCAGGAGAAGCGAGGGGCAGGGGAACACUGUACAAAGAUAUAAGCUGUCACAUCACAUAUGCAUUACCUCGAACAAAGCGUUCUCAUCUCAAACCAAACAGCCAAGCCAAGUCUUGUUACUGCAGACAGAAAACACACUGAACAAACAUUGUUUUGUAGCUUUGUUGUAUUCAACACAUGUCAUAAGCAAAGGGUUGUUUGCUUGGCUGGAUUUACUUCGGUUGGGGGCUUUGAUGGUGUCACAAUGCCGUAGUUGUUCUGAGUCUUAUUAGCAAAACAGGAUUAGGAGAAACAGAAAAAGAACUAUCAGAAAGUUUGUGCUGAGCACAACUAAAACCAUACUUUUAGUGUAUUUCUUUUCUUUUUUUCCACUUGGACCCUUUGAGAUUGUAAAGAAUGUAUGAUGAAUACACUUGUUCAUAGCCAGGCCAUAAUACUUUGUAGCAGCUGUUGGUGUGUAAGAACUUGGUACUCUUUAAAAGUCUGUAAAGAAAACAAAAGAAUAGCUACUGACAAUGUCGUGCUUUAUAGACCCUUCUACAGUUUGUAAACAAUCAUGACGUACAUAAGUCUGCACACGCAAUAUGGCAACAGAUGUAUGGUUGGGUGCAAUGUCUUGUGAAGCUAUGCACCAAGGAUCACAAAUGCUACUUAAACAAAUUGACAUUGACAGAUGGUGACCAACUUCCAGAUCUGUGUGCUGUUAGUGAGUGGAUACCAGACAUAAGCAAGAGGCCCAAUACUCAGUGGCAGAAUACACGCUAGAAUUUGAUAGAGAAACCUAGCAUGUACACCAGCAAGGAAUUACCAGCAUACAAGUUAACAGAUGCUUACAACAGUGUUAUCUUUGGUAAUGUAAAUAAUGUCAAAUACCAAGAUACAGAAUUUGAGUUGUGUAUCUAAAGGCCCAGCAAACCAAAUCAGACAUCAAAGAACUAGUGGCGACAAAGGCCAACUACUGCAGAACCUCGCAGAGCCUUUGUCUCUGCUACAAAGUUACACUGAACACACCACAAAGUCUACUGCCAACAGCCAACUAGCAUGUACGUUUUGCGCCUGCGUGAGAGGAAAUAACACUCCACACUAGUUGUGUUCUGUCAUUCAAAAAGGGAAACCGGAAGACCAACAGGUAGGAAUCAAGACGCUAGUUAGCCAGUUAGCACAAUACAACCCAGUACUGAAAGGACAAAGGAUAUUUACCGUGCACUAGCAAACAAUAACUCAAGCAAUUACCAAACGUUUCUGCCAAAGAGCUCAAUGGCUAAAAAUACAAUCUUUACUUUUAUGAUAAGUUUGUUUCAAUCUCACAACCUCUUGACUUUAGCCAUUUCCUCACUUCCAUUUCUCUUUGUGUGAACUGAGCUGAACCGCCGAUCAGAAUUUCAUUCACCAAUGAGCUCUGCCAUCUCUGACACCAACAACUAGGUGAUGCUAGCGUAGUUCAGAGCUUCAUGAUAUAGUUGUUAUGCUAACAUACAUUCUGUUUCUGUUUUAGUGUAACGCGAGAAUUUUUGAUCAUGUCCGCAGUCCAGUGGUGGCAAACUCAUUCAAUAGCUUGCAGCCAUGAACGCUGCCUUUGUUUGAGUUUAACAAGUGAUCAUGUUAACUGAUGUGUUGCAGAAUAAAGAGACACAAAGCACAGGACUGAGCGUUUGAGGGUCUACUCAUGAUUUGUACAUCAUGACAAUUUAUAUUGUCUGACAAACAAGCAGUCUCAGUUGACAUUCCUACAAGCUUUCCAAAAUACAUUAAAAGGUGUUUCCUGUCACUUAAGCUGCUGUUUCCUGUUACUGAUAAUCAGUUCUGGGAACAAUUGUCUCUCUUCAGCUACCCAAAUUUGACUAGAGUGAUCAGAGUGAUGAAGUCAUGUCAGGUCAUUUACACUUUAAGUUAUCGUAGUAAUUUACGUAAAUGGUUGGCAAAGAUAAUUAACACAGAUGUAAAAUUGGCUGCAGUAAAAUGAAAGGCCAUCAUUACGUGCACCCAUAAUGCAAUCGGCUAAGUCACUAGUAAGAACGGUCACUUGUUAAACAAAACAGGGUUGCUCCGAAAUGGUAAUGAUCCUGUCAGAACUCUGUAGAACUUGAGUCCGCUGUUGGAAUAUCAAUUUUGACAACCAAACACACAAGAGUCAGACAUUUUAAUGCGGGUAGCAGCUUUAAUUCAUUGUUUAAGACGUGCCAACUCGUCUGGUUGGCUGGGACAAAACACCACUUCUGUUGCCAACAUGCGUGCGCAUAUUUUUGAUGACGUCAGCUGAUAAAGGGUCUACAUCUGCACAGACAUAUUUCAACUGUCACCAGUAAAAGAAACUCAUACACUUUGGGAUGUUUCUUCAUUGUUCAUUCAGUCACCACUUUGAUCACUGGAAAUUGCUGUCUCAUCUGAUAUCUUAAAUGCCACAUUAUACUGUAAGAUCCAGAUCCAGGGGAUAUCCAUAAUUGAAAAAUGAAAGAGAAUCUUGCUUUCGUGAUAUUUCAGAAGGCAUAAGCAUUGUAAUGUUCUUCAGUGCACAAAAAUCUACAAUGCAUGCAUCAUCAGUAAUGUUCUGUUUCAUCCUUAUUUCGAUAUUUCUACGGUAAAGAAACUGUCAUUUUGAAAUUGUUUCAAAUAAAUGUAUUUUUGUACA